UACAUCUGGGACAGCCACCGCCAGUCUGCUCCAGAACACACCUCAGCUGCCCCCACAGCUGAGCAGACACCUGCAGCUGUCUCACCAUGGACAGUGUAAGCACAGCCAUCUUGUUCCUGCUCCUGGCUCUCGUGUGCCUAUUGCUGACCAAUGGCUCCAGGGGCAAGGGACGGCUGCCACCUGGCCCCACGCCCCUCCCAUUCCUGGGCAACCUGCUGCAGCUUCGCUCCCAGGACAUGCUGACCUCCCUCACCAAGCUGACCAAGGAGUACGGCUCAAUGUACACAAUCCACCUGGGGCCCAGGAGGGUGGUGGUUCUCAGCGGAUACCAAACGGUGAAGGAGGCCCUUGUGGACCAAGGGGAGGAGUUCAGCGGCCGGGGAGACUACCCUGUCUUUUUCAACUUUACAAAGGGCAAUGGCAUCGCCUUCUCCAAUGGGGAACGCUGGAAGGCCCUGAGAAGAUUCUCUGUCCAAAUUCUGCGAAAUUUCGGAAUGGGGAAAAGGACCAUUGAGGAGCGGAUCCUGGAGGAAGGCAGCUUCCUGCUGGCGGAGUUGCGGAAAUUUGACGGCAAGCCCUUCGACCCUACCUUUGUGCUGAGCCGCUCGGUAUCCAACAUCAUCUGCUCAGUGCUCUUCGGCAGCCGCUUCGACUACGACGACCAGCGUCUGCUCACCAUUAUCCGCCUCAUCAAUGACAACUUCCAGAUCAUGAGCAGCCCCUGGGGAGAGAUGUACAACAUCUUCCCGGGCAUUCUGGAUUGGAUCCCCGGGCCACACCGGCGCCUUUUCAAGAACUACGGGAAGAUGAAGGAACUCAUCGCCCGCAUAGUCCGCGACCAUCAGGCCUCCUUCGACCCCAACUCUCCCCGGGACUUCAUCGAUUGCUUUCUCACCAAGAUAGCAGAGGAGAAGCAGGACCCGCUGAGUCACUUCUACCUCGAUACCCUGCUGAUAACCACACAUAACCUGCUCUUUGGCGGCACCGAGACCGUGGGCACCACACUGCGUCACGCUUUCCUCAUACUCAUGAAGUACCCAAAAGUGCAAGCUCGCGUGCAGGAGGAGAUCGACCGCGUGGUGGGACGAGCGCGGCAGCCAACGGUGGCGGACCGAGUGUCCAUGCCUUAUACCGAUGCGGUGAUACACGAGGUGCAGCGCUUCGCAGACGUCAUCCCCAUGAACUUGCCGCACCGCGUCAUUCGGGACACGAACUUCCGCGGUUUCCUGAUACCCAAGGGCACAGAUAUCAUCACCCUCCUUAACACAGUCCACAGUGACCCCAGCCAGUUCGUGAAGCCCCAGGAAUUCAACCCUGAGCAUUUUCUGGAUGACAAGCAGUCCUUCAAGAAAAGCCCCGCCUACAUGCCCUUCUCAGCAGGACGCCGCUUGUGCCUGGGGGAGGCCUUGGCGCGCAUGGAGCUCUUCCUCUACCUCACGACCAUCCUGCAGAGCUUCACCCUGCAUCCGCUGGUGGCGCCCGAGGACAUCGACCUGACUCCGCUCAGCUCUGGUCUGGGCAAUUUGCCAAGGCCCUUCCAGCUGUGCAUGCGCGAGCGCUAA